AUGAUAUUACAGAACAGCCAUCGAGGUCAUCCUGAACACAAUUUGACGAUUACUUUAAAAAAACUAUUACAAGAAAAUAAACGGCUCAGAAAAGAAUUAUUCGAUGCAACAAACAAGCAACACCAGGAAAUGUUCAGAGCCAUACAACUUAAAGAAAAGCAUUUUAUCCUGUUAGAAAAAUUACGUGAAGCUCAAAUAGAGUCACUAAUAAAACGUCAAGAAGCAAGCAGAAAUGCUGCGAAGUUAGCAGAAGCCAACUACUAUUUAGAAGAAAAUCUUAAAGAAACACGUAACGAAGUGAAAAUGUUGAUACGUAAAAAUAAGUUUUUAUUGUCACAGUGCGAAAAAUCGUCGCAAGAAAAAGAUUAG